AUGCUUCAAAAACACAUUUUUAAAACAAUCACUGGAGCAGCAUUCGGUGAUGUGUGUUUGCGGGAGUGUUAUCGUGACGUCAGAUGCCAAAGCUUUAACUAUGUGUUCACCCAAGACAAGUGUGAGCUGAGUAACCGUACAAAGGAAGCCAGGCCUGAAGAUUUUAUACCCAACUCUGAUAGAUAUUACUUCAGACGAGAUAUGAAGAGAGGUGAGCGUUAAGGUAAAAUGAUUUGGCUAAUUGUCUUGGAGGGGAGGAUUUCGCAGUUUUUCUUCACUUUCUCGUUUUCUUAUUUUCUAACUAUCCUAGGAGCCAUUCCAGAGCUUUCUGCAGACUCGUGCAAGGAAAAUCAAGGCGAGCGAAGGUGGACAAGCGGUCAGCGGAAUAUACUGGCUGAAUUUCAUCAAACCUCACACUCCUGUGUUGGCUCAUUGUGA